AUGUUGCUAAUAAUCUUGAUACUUCUGGAUUUAACCGCAUCUGAAGUGGACGAUCAAACGUACUGCGCUCUGCGGUACAGGCGCCUCUGUCAGGGCAAAAGACAACAUGUUGCCUGUCAUUUCUCUUCUCCUGGACCGGGCCCCUCGUGCCAGAAUUACACUAAAAUGGAAUUCAAAAGUGACUUAAAACAUUUCGUCAUACAUUAUAUUAACAGGCGUCGCCAGCGGAUAGCGGCGGGUAACGAACGCGUGCGCGGCGGGGCGCACCUCCCAAGACCCGAGAUUAUGAUGUUAGUUGGCUGGGACCGCGAGUUGGCUUUUCUGGCACAACGUCUGGCAGACCAGUGUGAAUUCGUGCACGAUUAUUGUCGAGCCACAGUACGAUUCCCGUACGCUGGUCAAAGCGUUGGUGAGGUACGCUGGCGUCGUUCAAGCGACUCCGAUAAGCUGAGCACGCAGCGUGUAAUACGACGCGUACUGGAUGCCUGGUGGGGCGAGCGGAGACGUGUGCAGAUCCAACAACUGGUUGCACCUUUCAGGCUGAAUCCAAAAGGAUCAGUUUGGGGUCACUUCAGUCAGCUGGCAGUGUGGACUCUCCGCGCGGUGGGUUGUGGCGCAGUGCGCCACGGCUUUGAUUACACACGGAUGCUCUUGGUCUGCGACUUUUCCCACACGAACAUGCUCGGUCAAAGAACGCUCAAUCCUGGCCCACUUGCACCGUGUCCGAUACACACAAUACGACGGCCGAGAACCGCUUAUCCGUUACUCUGUGCACCGGUAAAACGACAAAUAUCUUCGGAAAAUGAUUAUUAUGAAAUCAAAGAAAAAUAUAAAGAUGAUUACGAUGAUGAUUUUGAAAAUGAGCGUGUUGUUACAACUGUCCAAUCAGAAGAUACGUCUCGUGUCGAAAUUGUGAAGACAGCAGCGACUAAUAAAUAUUUGAGAACAACAGUAUUACAAGAUAAUGGAUCUAUGAAUUUUAAUACUGGAAUAAGUUACUUGGGAACUUUAGAAGAACCAUCGACUCGUGUAUUAGAAAAACUACAGCACGAGUUAGAAUCAAAAAACAGUGAGAAGCAGCUAGUUCCGAUGAGUAAAUACCAGGAGUGGGUUACAAAAAGAAAUUAUUUUGGACGAGUGAGAGAAGAUCAAGAAAGUGUCACGAAUACGUUAAAUACCUUCGUAGCUGAUGAAGAUGAAGAACCUUCCCAUGUGUACUACACGAAGUUCACAACAAAAUUAAACUUCGGUACCAAACAAAGCAGGCAGAGGUGGAGACAGACAAGAUUAAGACCUCAAAGGCCUGGUGUGAAUGCGCUUAUAAAGAGACCGCCCGAGAAGUCGUUACGUGGACCAUCAGUGUGUUAUUUGAAGCUGGAUCAAGACGACGUGGAUCAACUAUACCGCGAUACUGGUUUCAAGGUUAAUUGGAGGAACCAGUCUUCAUCUCUGUGA